AUGGGAACCUCUCAAUCAUCAUUGAUGUUGGGUUAACCUCUCAAAUACACUAAAAUGGGAACUCAUUACCCAGGUAGUAUUUUAGAGAGAAAAAUAUUGUUAACAGAUGAACAAGUCAACACACUUACUAAUUUUAUUAGACUCAAAGAAAAGAUUAUGAGAUAACCAAUUUUUCUUAAAAUUCAUGCUAUACAGAAAGAUGACUCUAGUAUCUUUUGCAAUUCCAAUAACACAAUUAAAAUCUAUACAGAAUUUAGUGAGAUAGAUUUAUCAAAUGAAAUAAGAAGAAGACGUAUUGCCUCUUAAAAUUUUACUAACCAAGAACUUUUAUACAACUUAAAACAAUUAAUUGAAGCCAUGGCAAUUUAUUAAACGUACAAUAUUCAAUAUAAUUUAUCCUCUAACACAUUGCUUUUUGAUAAAAUGAUAAAAAUUAUGGAUCCAUAUAUAUUUGAUGUUAAAUCACCUCAAUUACCUCACUAUAAAGAUCAAUUAGGUUCUGUAUAUUCAUCAUGGCCGAUAGGAAUUAUAUUAUUAGAAAUGAUUACACUUAAUCUAAUGACAAACUUAGUUAAUAUAGAUGGAACUUUAAAUACUCAUCUUUUAAGUAAUUUAUUAGAAUAAAUCAAUGAACCAUUUUUAAAGUAAUGCUUAUUAUGCAUUUUUGGUGGAAUAUAAAGACCUAAUUAUAUUCAAUUAAGAGAUGAUUUAAAUGGAUAAAUUAUAAGAUUAAUGCCAACUUUCUAAUUGUAACCAGAAAAUAUAUAACAUCCAACUAAUUUCUCUAUUUAAGAAUAAUCAAAAUAUUAUGAAGCUAUAUCUCAAUAAUAAUUAAUAAUCAAAACAUAAUCUAACUAACCAAUUCCACUUAUUCCAUUAGCUUAAUCUAAUUUAGUUAUCAAUUUAAAUACUGUAUCUUAAAAAAAGGAGAAUAUAAUACCUAUAUCUACUAAUAGAUCUAAUAAUUAAAGUGUUUUACAAGAAAAAAUAGAAUAAAUCAGAGCCACUUAUUUUAAUCACAAAAAUUAAUAGUAACCAUCAUAAUUAUAUUUGUAUCGUAAAAGUCCUGAAAAAUAAUCAGAAACAUCAUCAACUGGAUCAGAAGAUUUGAAAUCUUAUUCUAAUGGUUUGUAAAUAGAUUUAUAAUCUGAUCCAUUUUGUAAAGAAAGAGAAUCAGAUAUCAAUACAUUAUCAAAAUAAUUUAAUUUCUAAAAUGAAGAAUAUAUUUGUGAAACUUAUCUAGAUGGCUCUAUUUAUGAAGGAUUUAAAAGGAAUUAAAAAAAAAAUGGAUAAGGAAGUAUUUAUUAUAGUGAUGGAGGUUUCUAUAUUGGAUAAUGGUAAAAUGAUGUUAUGAAUGGAUAUGGUUCAUUAUAUUAUCCUUCAGGUAAAUUAGCAUAUUAAGGAUGUUGGGUUAAUGGAAAGUUUUAAGGAAAGGGAAUGUUAUUCAAUGAAAAUCCUAAAGAUUGUCAAGAUAUCAAUUAUGAAGAUUUAACAACUAUUGGUGAUUGUUGGAUUAGUUAUUCAGGAGACUUUAUUUGUGAUUAGAAAUAAGGAAAAGGUGUAUUAAUUUUUACAAAUGGAGAUAGGUAUAUCUAUAUAAUUUAUUGUAGAUUUGAAGGACAAUUUAAAGAGAAUAUGAUUAAUGGACCUGGUACUUUUAAAUCAGGAAACAAAGUAAUUUCUAGUAUUUGGUCUAAAAAUUUGAUUUUGUGA